AUGAUCGUCGGCUGCCCCAAAGAAAUCAAGCCCCAGGAAGGCAGAGUGGGCCUCCUGCCCGCAGGGGCUGCCGAACUUGUCCGAAAUAAACAUAAAGUGAUAAUUCAAAAAGGGGCCGGCGAGUUGGCGGGGGCGCCGGACGCGGCGUACAGCGCGGCGGGGGCGGAGUUGGUGGAGGGCGCUGCUGAGGUCUUUGCGCGCGCGGAUUUCGUGGUAAAGGUGAAGGAGCCGCAGCGGGAGGAGUACCUGCUGCUGCGCGCGGGCCAAGUGGUCUUCUGCUGCUUCCACUUCGCCCGCAGCCGCAGCCUCACGCAAGCCAUGCUGCAGUGCGAAGCUGUUUGCCUCGCCUACGAGACAGUGGAGGAGUUGCUGCUGCUGCAGCCCAAGUCCGAAGUGGCUGGCCGGCUGGCUGUCUUCGAGGGCCUCCACCACGACUUGCUUCGACUUCGCGCCAUCGUGAGUCUCCAGCCUCCCUUUCCAGGCCUGCUGCUGCUGCUGCUGCUGCUGCUGCUGCUGGCUGUUCGCGUUUGCUGCUGCGCAGCUUUUGUUCGGCGCUUGCAGCUGCGAAAGCCGCAGCAGCAGCCGCAGCAGCAGCAGCAGCAGCAGCAGCAGCAGCGCCCGCCAGCAGCAAACAGUGCACUUCUCCUUUGCUGCUCGAGCCGCUUAGUUUCGCCAGAGCCCAGCGAGGCGCAGCAAACACUCCCCGUCCCUUUUGCUUCCAAGCUCGCACGCUGA